AUGGCUCCGAAAUCUCUGGCGGAACAGAUGGCGGAGUUGGAGGAUUUGACUCCGAGAGACUACGACCCUGAGGAUCUUGAUCGCGGAAACCAGGAUAGUGAUGAGGAGGGUGCUGCUGGUGGUAAGGAUGAGAAUGCGGGGAGGGAGCAUUAUCAGGCUGUUGGAAAAGCGAAGCUUCGCAAGCAGGAUCCCAUCACCCUCGGAAAACAGUAUGCUGGGUCGAAAGUGAGUCGCGCGGCGUUGGAGGCUGAUAGUGAUGAUGAUCCGUUUGCGGCGCGGUCGGGUGAUGAGGAUGAAGAUGAAGAUGAUGACGAGGAGGAGGACGAGGACGAGGAUGAAGAUGAGGAUCUGGAACUGGGUAGCGACGAGGAUGAUGAAGACAUCUCCGAGAGCGAGGAGGAGGAGGAGGAGGAGCAGCGCCCAUCCAAGUCUGCAAAGAAGGGAAAGAAGCAGGUCGAGCUGGACGACAUGGACACCGACGAGUCGGACGACCUUGAAGGCAGCGAAGGAUCUUUCGACGAGGACGAGAUGCCCUCUGACGAAGACGAGGAGGACGAAGAUGACGACGACGAAGAAGAGGAAGAAUCAGAAUCAGAAUCCGACUUCGACUCCAAAUCGCGCAAACCCACCAACGACCGCGACGAACUCCGGCGCCUGAUGGCAACCGACCAAAAGACCAUCGCGGCGAGCAUCUCCCAAGCGGCCAAAGCCGACGCCGCGAAAGGCAAAGCCGUGAAGCAACAACGCGCGACCUUCGACGCCCUCCUCAACACCCGAAUCAAGCUCCAAAAGGGCCUAACAGCCAUAAACCAGCUCUCCCUUGCCGCCACCUCCCCCGACGCCGACUCCGAAGAAGCCAUCACCUCCGCCGAAUCCGCCGCUCUGGCACUCUGGUCCACGCUCGAAGACCUGCGCGUUGUGCUCGCCGACGCCCACAACACCAACGGUAGCACAGAGGAACCGAAGAAGCGCAAGCGCGUCGACACCGACACCCCCACCGCGACGCUCUGGACACGCAUGACCGAUCUCGAAUCCGCCGCGACCACCCACCGCCGCACCAUCCUCGACAAAUGGUCCGCCAAAGUCCGCGGCUCGACUGCCACAACCGCCGCCAACACCCGCGGCAAGCUCAUCAACUCAUCUGGCUCGGGCGCGCAAUCCAUCACCGCCGUCCUGGACGCCCAGGUCGCGACCGAGACAGGCGACCAUUCCCGUGCUGCUAAGCGCGCCCGUCAAGACACCACCACCACCACCACCACUGCCGCCGAAGGCGCAGCAGCCACCACCCCCAUCUACGACGACACCGUCUUCUACCAAUCUCUACUCCGCGACCUCGUCGAGCAGCGCAUGGCCUCCUCCGAUGCGAUCACCAACGGCCUCGAUACCCUGCACAUACAACUGCCGACGCGCGGCGGAGCAGCGAUCCACCCUGUGACGGGGAUGCGGAAGGACAAGGUCAAGCGGGAUGUGGAUACGCGGGCGUCGAAGGGUCGCAAGAUGCGGUUCGAUGUUCAUGAGAAGUUGCAGAAUUUCAUGGCGCCGGAGGAUCGUGGUAGUUGGACGAAGCAUGCGCGCGAGGAGUUCUUUGCGUCGUUGUUGGGUAAGACGGCUAGUGGGUUGUUGAGGGAGGAGAGUGGGGAUGAAGAGAGUGGUGCGGAAGAGAUAUUGGUUGCUUUCUUAUUUCAAGAGGUUGUUUAGUGGGGGAAAAGUGUGGAGUGUAUAUAGCUUGGAUUGAUUACUAUGUAUGGUAUGUGGAAUUGGUACACAACAACACAACACAACACAACACAACAACAACAAAAGUCACAGUUUGGUUCGACUUCCCCGACAUUUGUCUGCCCUCUGUUCCUCUCCCUCUUGGGGAUGGUCGUAUCGGUCAUUAUUCAUUAAUCGUAAUGCUUUGCUGCAGCGCAAUAGGUAAGGUAGUGAGUAUCCACACCCUCGGAUAUAUCCUCAUCCACGAAACUCCCCUAUCGAGCGCAAAGCGCAAAGCGCAAA